AUAGAAUUAAUUAAGGUAUUAUGCACUGAAGGAAUUGUGUAUGUAAAAUGUGAACAUUGCCUGUUAUGGCUAUAAUAUUUAUAGUAAAUUACAUCCUGGACGUAAUAAGAUGUUACAAGUGAACUCAAGUUUUAAGUUGUAUGCCAGAUGCCUUUCCUGAAACAAGCGUCCCCAUUUUCCAGGCUUCUGGGACCGGCACUGGCUAGUGCAAUUCUCCAGUGGCUGGGGGUGGUUCCCUGACAUGGAAUUGAUCCCGGGCCAUGGCAAUGCGAGCGCUGCAUGCCAGCCACUAGUCUGCCAGGAAAUCCAAGCAAUGUCAACAAAUACCAUACUUAAAUUAGACUUUAUUUAAAAAACAAAAUUUGUGUUGUCUGUGUGUCUGUCUUAUCUUUUCUUACUAUUUUACCUACCUAACAGAGUUUUUUACACUGAUUGUAUUCUUAGUGCGUGGUCUAGUGAACCAGUAGCACUUGUGUAGGUCACUCUGGAUAAGGUCAUCUGCCAAAUGUCAUAAAUGUAAUGUAAAUGUAAAAUACUGCUUAACGUGUAUGUAAUUUUUUCUCCUACUGAAAAUCUGAUAAGGUAAAUAAAAGCUGAAAUAAACCUGUCUGUUAAAUAAAGUAGAGACCUUAAUUGACUUAACACAGGAAAUGUAUGGUAACAUGAAAUGUGUGGUGUUAUAGGAAAUUGAGUUUGAAUGCCAUUAGCCUAGGUGUAUGUAAACUUUUGGCCUCAACUGUAUAUGUUUCAUUGUUUGUUUGGUAUAUUAUUCUUCAAUGUUGAUCUCAAAUCAGUUUUUCCUCCACCUAGUAAUUACAAGUUGUACAGGGACUGAUUUCUAGAUCAGUGUGGGAAGUAACCUCUUGUGAGGAAGUAUAAACAGGUGGUGCAGGUUGGGGAGGUUACAGUUUACAGUGCAGCAUUGAGGACGUUACUAACAUCGUAUGUAGAGACACAAGACAUCAAGAGACGGAAGACUGCCUGAAACCAGAGGAGACACAAGAUCAUGGAUAUCUAUUUGUGGAAAAUUGUGUGUGGUCUAUGUGCUCUAUUCCUUAAUGCUAGAGGCUCUCUCGCCCAGCUAGAUGUGUGUGGUCGGCCUCCACUGAACACCAAGAUUGUGGGUGGUGAAAAUGCUGGUCCUGGGUCCUGGCCUUGGCAGGUCAGCUUUCAGACAAGUGGCAGCCAUUUCUGUGGUGGCAGCCUGAUCAAUCAGAACUGGGUCUUAUCAGCGGCUCACUGUUUCCAAAGCAUUACUGCACCUAAAAUCACAAUCUAUCUAGGAAUGGAAAAUCUGAAUGGGUCCAACCCUAAUAGAUCACAAAGAAGCACUAAUAACAUUAUCAUCCACCAAGAUUUUAACCAUGCCACUUUGAACAAUGACAUUGCACUGGUCCAGCUCUCCUCUUCAGUGAAUUUGACUGAUUAUGUCAUGCCGGUGUGCCUCGCAGCAAGCAACAGUUCUUUUCCUGGUGGUACUAAUGUCUGGGUCACAGGAUGGGGUAAAACCAGUUCUACUAAUCUGCUGCUCCCUCAAACCCUGCAAGAGGUGCAGGUGCCGAUUGUCAGUAACAGUAACUGUACAAACGAAUAUAGACCUAUUUCCAUCACAGACAAUAUGAUGUGUGCUGGCUUAAUUCAGGGGGGAAAGGGCUCAUGCCAGGGUGAUUCUGGAGGUCCACUGGUGAUCAAGCUCAAUGGAACCUGGAUUCAGGCUGGAAUCGUGAGUUUUGGCACUAACCAAGGAUGUGCUGUACCUGGUAUACCUGGUGUGUACACCAGAGUGUCCAAGUACCAAGACUGGAUUAACAGCAAGAUCAGCAGCAAUCAACCUGGAUUUGUUACAGUCUCAACUGGCAAUCGUGGCUCCCCCAACCUCUUCUGUCUGUUCCUUUCUUUCUCCAUCACCCCCUUCCUCCUCUCCCUAUAAGGGCUGGUCAAUCCAUUAGGCGUCAUAGGCAGCCACCUAGGGCCUCACCAAAUCCGAUUAACAGUACCGAGCCACAUUUAACAUUCCUCAUAUUUUUUCUUACCUCAGAAAAGUUUGUUUGGUCAAAUUGGUUUGUUGGCGCCCCCUAGUGCCAAUGUAAAUUAGCGGCAGUAUGUGCAAGGCUGUAUUAUGUGCAAUAGGACAC